UGCCAAAAUGAACCAGCAACGUUCAAGACGAUUCCGAGCUGCUAAGGACAAAGAAAUUCAUGAAGCUGAGGAAGAGAGGCUAAGGAAACAAUUUGAAAUGGAAGGGAAACAAGUUCUUCCUAAACAAGAAUCUCAAGUGGAAGAUUCCAAUGUUAUAACACCAGGCACUGAGUUCAUGCAUGAACUCUCAAAGGCACUUAAGGGCUAUAUCUCUUCAAGGAUAAAUUGCAACUCAUUAUGGAAGGAUAUUAUAGUAAUUCUCUCUGAUGCGAAUGUUCCCGGGGAAGGGGAACAUAAGAUUAUGUCAUACAUACGCAAACAGCGUACUCUGGAGGAGUAUGAUCCAAAUACCUGUCACUGUUUAUAUGGCUCGGAUGCUGAUCUGAUAAUGCUUGCAAUGGCGACUCACGAGCCCCAUUUUUCAAUAUUAAGAGAGGAUGUCUCUUUUCAGCAGAACCCAAAGUUUGCUGCCAAGCCUUUCAAGUUUUUGCAUAUUUGGCUACUGAGGGAGUAUAUUGAGUUAGACAUGAAGAUAGAAAAUCCUCCAAAGACUUGUAGCGUUAUUGAGCUUGAGAGGAUAAUUGAUGAUUUCAUCUUCAUGUGCUUUUUUGCUGGAAAUGAUUUUCUGCCCCACCUGCCAUCUUUGGAUAUUCAUGAGGGGGUCAUUGAUUUGCUAAUGACUGUUUACAAGGAAGAAUUCAGUACUCUUGGAGGACAUCUAGUGGACAUGAGCAGGGUUGGGGAAAAAAAUGCUGCUUUUAUGAAGUUAUCUAGAGUUGAAAACUUUAUACUUAAGGUUGGUGCAUAUGAAGAGAAAAUCUUUAAGAAAAGAUCUGAAAUACGAGAACGUAAAUUGAAAAGGCUUAUUCGAGAUAAUGAGGAUGCCAGGAGGGAAGAAAAGAAUGGAAAAUGUUUCUUUGAUCUUGACGAUGAAAAUACUUCUGAUUGCACUCUUGUGAUCAAGAAGGCACCAGAUUCAAAGUUGUCUGCUGUGGUGAAUAAUGUUUCUGCUACACAUGCUGAAAUCGAGCAAAACACAAAGGAUUUAAAAAAUGAAUUGAAGAAAAGUAUUAGACAAAAAAGUGACUUACUUUUGAGUGAAGAUUUCCUAGUUGACAAGAUAAAAUUUGGAGCACCUGGUUACAAAGAAAGAUAUUAUAAAGCGAAGUUUUCUGUGGAAACUCCUACUGAAAUUGAGGCAAAAAGGAAGGAAAUAGUCCAGAAGUACACUGAAGGAUUGGUAUGGGUUCUUCAAUACUAUUUUUCAGCAGUUGCUUCGUGGACAUGGUUUUAUCCGUUCCACUACGGUCCAUUUGCUUCAGAUUUAAAGGGCAUGAGUCAAGUGAGAGUGAAAUUUGAAAAAGGUGUCCCAUUCUUACCACUUGAUCAACUUUUAAGUGUUCUCCCUCCAGGAAGUGCUCAUGCUCUUCCAAAAGCCUAUGCACAACUGAUGCUAGAUGAGAAAUCUAGAAUCCUUGACUUUUAUCCUCAGGAUUUUGAAGUUGAUACUGAAGGAAAGCGCUUCACCUGGCAGGGAAUUUGCAAACUUCCAUGGAUAGAUGAUACCCGGCUUGUGGCUGAAACCAAAGAACUCAAAAAUGAAUUAUCGGAAAAUGAGGCCAUAAGAAAUUCACUCAAGGCUGAUAUCUUGUUUGUUAGAAGCUCUAGCAAAUUAGCAGAGAAAUUUGGCUCUCUAUCUGUUGACCCAAAUUGCAAGUUAGACACAAGAAUAAGUGAUGGCAUUGGGGGUACCAUAAGUCUUUGCCACGAAGAAGCUUCCUUGGACCUUUGUGACAACAAAGAAGAUCGUGUCAUAUGUGUCUAUUACGAGCUUCCUGCUGGUAGUAAUCAUAUUCCUCAUUUACUAUCGAAUGUGAGCCUUCCAGAGAAGAAAAUCUUUGAAGGUGAUAUCAUGGAAACUGAACUCUGGCAUGAACGUCAGAGAUAUUUUAGUCGUUUUGAGAGGGUGCAAACUCAAGACAACUGGAGGAGUGAAAACAAGAGCAAUAGUUCAAGGGUUUUCUCAUAUUCAAAUAGACAACGUGAAAGAAGCUUUUCAUCAAAUGGAAGUAGCCAACAUGCAAGAAGCUUUUCAUCAAAUGCAAAUAGCCAACAUGGAAGAAGCUUUUCAUCAAAUGCACCUUCCUUUAUACACAAAGGUGCUGGUGUUGGAUGGGGUUCGGGUAGAGGAAGAAAAGUUGAUACAGUGAAAAAUGAAAGAAUUCUUAGUCAUGAACAACGUAAUGAUCAUGUAACAACUACUAGUGACACCACAUCGCAGCACUUUGUGAACGGCUUUAGACAAUUCAGAAUAUCAGAGUCUGGUCCCUAUCAAAAGUCCACAAGCAGUUUUCAGACACGACCAUAUGAUAACAAUAGUGGUCGCAUGAAUCAGUCAAAGAAUGCUCAUAAUCAUGAAGCAUCACAAUCUGAGAGACCUUUUGGUCGUGGACAAGGUAGGGGUGCAUCUAGUAGCAUUUCAUUGCGGCCUCAAUGGAGUGGUGCAGAAUCUCAGCAACGAGAAGAUCGUAAUCGUUGGUAAAAUGUUGUUGCUAUGAAAUAGAAGAAAAGAAACUAGGAGUGUUGACUUUUGCUUUGACCUUGUGACAUUGUGGAUUACUUUUUGGGUUUUUGUUAUAGUUGCAUACGACUAUUUCAGGGUACAACAUUUUACAGGGUGUACUAAUUCUAUAUGUCAUGUUCAUCAUGAUAAG